AUGGAUAACGAAUUUUUGGAUAUAUCAACCAGCCUGAGUAAGCAACUUGCGUAUGGCAUUGGCCAUGUACUGAAUGAUGUAUGUGCAAGUUUAUGGUUUACAUAUUUUUUGGUAUUUUUUCACCUUGUGCUAGAGUUUUCUGCUUCACAAGCUGGAUACUUAUUGUUAAUAGGUCAAAUUGUUGAUGCAUUCACAACACCUUUUAUUGGCUAUCAUUCUGAUCAUACAAACAAUUUCUUAAGUGCAAAAUAUGGUAGAAGAAAACUUUGGCAUUUAUUCGGUACUUUAUGUGUAUUGUCAUCAUUUCCAUUUAUAUUUAUGGAAUGUAUUGAAUGUAAAUUAGCACAUAAAUGGGCACAAAUGUUCUACUUUGCUGCUUUUAUUACCAUAUUUCAAAUUGGAUGGGCAUCUGUGCAAAUAUCUCAUCUUAGUCUUAUCCCUGAACUUGCAGAUGAUCCUCAUGUUAGAACACAUCUUACUGCAAUAAGAUAUGGAUUUACUGUGUUCUCUAACAUAUUUGUGUACAUAAUCACAUGGAUUAUAUUACACUUCACUGGUGAAUGUGAUAAGGAACAAGUAGGUCCAGCAGAUGCAUGGAAGUUUAGACAAAUUAUGCUUAUAGUAGUGGGAGUAGGGAGCUUAGCAACAAUUUUUUUCCACCUUGCUGUAACUGAAAAACAAUCUAGAAAUUCAUUAUUAAAUGAAGAUCAUGAAACAAGUACUCUUUCAAUCCAUUGUAACGUACUUCGCAAAAUUUUAUUGUAUCAUAUAGCUGGAAUAUACAUGAGUACAAGGCUUGUGGUUAAUGUGGCCCAAGUUCUGAUACCACUUUAUCUUCACCGCACAUUGGGUCUGGCUGCAAGGGCAUUAGCUGUAGUGCCCCUUGCUAUGUAUCUCGGGAGCCUGGCAGCUGCAGGUGUACAGAGGUUGGCGCCAAGAUCUUUCACUCGAAAACUAAGCUAUUUGUUGGGGUCUGCAUGUGCAUUAAGUGGUUUUCUAUGGGUGUACUUUGAUUCUGACCGUGAUUUUAAAGUGAAUUAUAUUUAUGUAGUUGCUGUGUUAAUAGGUUUUGGUGGAGCACAAAUGCUUGUAACAAGCUUAUCUCUAACAGCUGAUUUAGUUGGAAACAGUACUCAGGCAUCUGCUUUUGUAUAUGGUCUUAUGAGUUUUACUGAUAAAUUAUCUUGUGGUGCUGCAAUUGCGAUUAUACAAAUGUAUGCAGAUAAUAGUACUGAGAUAUAUUACCGCGACGCCUUAGUAUGGGUAUGUGGCUCAGCAACAGUUCUUGGCCUAGUACUUACCCUUGUCUUACCUACUCAAACGCAUAAUUCACUACUUUUAAAUGAUGGUGUAUCAAUAAAUGCAGAAGAUGAAAUUACAACAACAUCA